UUUACUGUUGUCUGGCCUCUCCAUAAUUGAAUGUGACCUGAAAGAUAAGGACAAUAGAGGAGUAAUGUGUAUCUGUUUUGUAGGUCACUACUUUUAUUGCUUAUUUUAUGGGGAAGAGCAACAUCUGUGAAAACAUUCAGGUGUGAGAUUAUUUUCUCUUGGGUGCUUUUCCCUUGGUUUCUAAUAUGGACAAAGGGAUUAUUUUUCUACCAGCCACAGCCCUCACUCAGCAGCCUUUGUGUAAUGUAACCAAACCCUAUCUCUGUCCUCUGACUGUUGAUAUGUAGGUUCAGUCAAAAAAAGGACUCUAGCUGUCAAUUAUGUUUUAGGGAAAACUCCCAAGAUUACAAGCAUCAACUAAUGGCAGAUAAUUAUAAUACGUGUUUUAUUGUUUCUGAAACUGAGCAGUUACAGGUGUUUGUCAUACUCUUACAACAUGUUUAAUCCAGACUACCUGGCCUGCUCACCUGUUUGUUUUUAGUUCCAGAGUUUCUCUGCAAUAGGCUUAUUAACCGAGGUGAUAUUAAUUAUUACAACCUAACAAUCUUCAUACUUAAUCACCAUUUAAAACAUUCAUUAUACACUGAACAAAAAUAUAAAUGCAACUACUUCAAAUAUUUUACUGAGUUACAGUUCAAAUAAGGAAAUCAGUCAAUUGAAAAAUUCAUUAAGCCCUAAUCUAUGGAUUUAACAUGACUAGGAAUACAGAUAUGCAUCUGUUGAUCACAGAUACCUUAAAAAAAAAGGUACCACCAUUUGCCUCAUGCAGCACGACAUCUCCUUCGCAUAGAGUUGAUCAGGCUGUAGAAUGUUGUCCCACUCCUCUUCAAUGGCUGUGUGAAGUUGCUGUAUAUUGGCAGGAACUGGAACGCGCUGUCGUAUACAAUGAUCCAGAGCAUCCCAAACAUGCUCAUUGGGUGGCAUGUCUGGUGAGUAUGCAGACCAUUGAAGAACUGGGACAUUUUCAGCUUCCAGGAAUUGUGUACAGAUCCUUGCAUUAUCAUGCUGAAACAGGUGAUGGCAGCGGAUGAAUGGCAUAUCAUCUCUGUGCAUUUAAAUUGCCAUCGACAGAAUUCAAUUGUGUUUGUUGUCCGUAGCUUAUGCCUGCCAAUACCAUAACUCCACCGCCACUCUGUUCACAACGUUGACAUCAGCAAACUGCUCGCCCACACUAUGCCAUACACGCUGUCUGCCAUCUCUCCGGUACAGUUGAAACCGGGAUUCACCCAUGAAGAGCACACUUCUCCAGCGUGUCAGUGGCCAUUGAAGGUGAGUAUUUUCCCACUGAAGUCGGUUACGACGCCAAACUGCAGUCAGGUCGAGACCCUGGUGAAGACAAUGAGCACGCAGAUGAGCUUCCCUGAAUCGUUUUUUGACAGUUUGUGUAGACAUCUUUCGGUUGUGCAAACCAACAGUUUAAGCAGCUGUCCAGGUGGCUGGUCUAAAAUGAUCCCGCAGGUGAAAAGGACUGAUUUGGAGGUCCUGGGCUGGUGUGGUUACACAUGGUCUGCGGUUGUGAGGCUGUCUGGACAUACUGCCAAAUUCUCUAAAAUGAUGUUGGAGGUGGCUUAUGUUCAAGAAAUUAACAUAAAAUUCUCUGGCAACAGCUCUGGUGGACAUUACUGCAGUAAGCAUGCCAAUUGCAGGCUCCUUCAAAACUUGAGACAUCUGUGGCAUUGUGUUGUGUGUGCAUUUUAGUGGCCUUUUAUUUUCCCAGCACAAGGUGCACCUGUGUAAUGAUCAUGCCAUUUAAUCGGCUUCUUGAUAUGUUACACCUGUCAGGUUGAUGGAUUAUCCUGGCAAAGGAGAAAUGCUCACUAACAGGGAUGUAAACUAAUUGGUGGCACAACAUUUUAGAGAAAUAAGCUUUUUGUGUGCAUAUGGAACAGUUCUGGGAUCUUUUAUUUCAGCUCAUGAAACCAACACUUUACAUGUUGAGUUGAUAUUUUUGUUCAGUAUACAUAUAAACAAUAUUAGGUAGGUAGGCCAAUGACAUGAUCAUUUCAGUAGUCACAGCUGUUCACUCUGAAUCACGUUCAUGUCUGGGUGCGGCACAUCGUUUGACGCCUUGGUUGGCGCUCGCUGACGCUGCUGUCAAAUGGCAACUGCCAACGCUCAAGAAGGAAACUCCUCCCUGUUGACAGCACGUUCUGUCGCCGCCUCAGCACAAUGGUCUCUUGGAUAAUCUCUAGACUUGUGGUGCUUAUAUUUGGCACAUUAUAUCCCGCAUACUGCUCAUACAAAGCUGUCAAGUCAAAGGAUGUGAAGGAAUAUGUAAAAUGGAUGAUGUACUGGAUAAUAUUUGCCCUAUUCACAACCAUGGAAACCAUCACAGAUAUAUUUAUCUUUUGGGUUCCUUUCUAUUAUGAGCUGAAGAUUGCCUUUGUGGUAUGGUUACUGUCUCCCUACACAAAGGGGUCCAGCGUUUUAUACAGGAAGUUUGUUCACCCAACACUUUCUUCAAAAGAAAAGGACAUUGAUGACUAUCUCUGCCAAGCAAAGGACAAAAGCUAUGACACUCUGGUGACUUUUGGGAGGAAAGGUUUGAAUGUGGCAGCCACAGCUGCAGUACUGGCUGCGACAAAGAGCCAAGGAGUACUGUCAGAUAGACUGCGAAGUUUCAGCAUGCAGGACUUGUCCGCCUACCAGUCCGACCCAACUGAGAUGGACCCUGGAUCUGUCCACACCCAGUCUGCAGCUGGACAACAAAGGGCCAGGACGAUGAUGCGCAGCAAGUCAGAGAUUGGCUACACCAAGGGGCAGGAUUUUGACAUGACUGAAUAUGAGGUGUUGAGCCUCGAUCAGUGUGACACCAAGGAGCCACUGUCCCAUCCUAUUACGCCCCCCGAACCCAUGACUGAACCCACACCCCCUCUGACCCUCCAGCCCUCUCUACCCUCUCCAUCUCCAUCCCCUGCACCCCCAGUAACAGAGCAGACUGAGGACAUGAUGAUAGGAGGGGAAACAUCCACAAGCUCCCCACAGCUCAGGUUGAUUAAGAGGAAGGUGCCUGAGCCUCCUCCUAGAGUCUUAAGGCCUCUCACAAGAUUCAGGAGUGCCCAGCUGUCUUCAAACAGAGAAGCCAUGUGAUAUUCUGUGAAUGCUCCCAAGACUGCUUUAGCUGCGAGGGUAAAUAAGGAAAUGUGGCCUAAAGCUAAAUGUAUAAAGCAGCCUUGUUUUAGAAUAAGGAAACCAAAGUGACUUGUGAAAGUCUACACACCCCUUGCACAGUAUUCACAUAUUGAUGCCUUAACAUUUUAUCUAAAAAUUCUGGGGCUCUACAAAACUUACUAAACAUUUUCGAGGUGAAAGAAAGUUAUUAUUAUUGCAAUUGUUUUUUAAAUGAGAAUCUACAGUAACAAAACAUAAAUACAGGAACAAGUUACAUUGGUACUAUCCUAUGAAACAGCUGUUGGACAAUAAAAAAAUAAUAAAAGAAGAAAAAAAAUACGAUAUAAGUAAAGUACAUAACAUCCCCUACCCAGUUUAGGAUGGGCCAUAACAUCCCCUACCCAGUUUAGGAUGGGCCAUAACAUCCCCUACCCAGUUUAGGAUGGGUCAUAACAUCCUCUACCCAGUUUAGGAUGGGCCAUAACAUCCCCUACCCAGUUUAGGAUGGGCCAUAACAUCCCCUACCCAGUUUAGGAUGGGCCAUAACAUCCUCUACCCAGUUUAGGAUGGGCCAUAACAUCCCCUACCCAGUUUAGGAUGGGCCAUAACAUCCUCUACCCAGUUUAGGAUGGGCCAUAACAUCCUCUACCCAGUUUAGGAUGGGCCAUAACAUCCUCUACCCAGUUUAGGAUGGGCCAUAACAUCCCCUACCCAGUUUAGGAUGGGCCAUAACAUCCCCUACCCAGUUUAGGAUGGGCCAUAACAUCCCCUACCCAGCUUAGGAUGGGCCAUAACAUCCUCUACCCAGUUCAGGAUGGGCCAUAACAUCCUCUACCCAGUUUAGGAUGGGCCAUAACAUCCCCUACCCAGUUUAGGAUGGGCCAUAACAUCCUCUACCCAGUUUAGGAUGGGCCAUAACAUCCUCUACCCAGUUUAGGAUGGGCCAUAACAUCCUCUACCCAGUUUAGGAUGGGCCAUAACAUCCUCUACCCAGUUUAGGAUGGGCCAUAACAUCCUCUACCCAGUUUAGGAUGGGCCAUAACAUCCUCUACCCAGUUUAGGAUGGGCCAUAACAUCCCUAAACCAGUGGGCAUGCAAUGACGGGGUAUCUGACUUCCACUUAAAAAUAAUAAGUGGGCGGGCCAGAAGGAACAAGAAGGCUAUGGCCUCUGCUUGGGUGUUACAGAAAAUAAGCCCUUAGGGGGCUACCCUGAAAAUAGCAACAGAGGGAUCUCAUGCAAUUUCCUUAUUGCAUAUAUAUGAGAAAGUCUCAAAGAUAGAGGACCAAAAUGGAACUAGUGUCGGGCAUGACCAGUACAUGUGAUACAGAGUGGCGGGUGGCUGAUGACAUCUAGAGCAGGUUGGGUUUAUAUCUGGAUACAAUCUGGGAAGUCUAAUCCUGCAAAAGUGUAGGCGAUUAACUACUUGAAACUGUAGUAACCCAGGAUUGUAGAAUGCAGGUGAUAUCGGAGAUCUCGCUUCCAAACUCUUCCUCCCAUGAAUGCUUUACAUGGUCAAGAGUGGGGCAUGCAAUAUUAUGAUUAAUGUCAUACAGCAUAGAAAUGUGUCCCUUUACUUAGGGAUCCAGGUUCAAACAUAAUCAAGCCAGCUGGUGGAUGGGAGGGACGGGAAAAUAUUUUUUGUAAAGUUGCGAAUCUGCAGGUACCUGAAGAAAUGUGUCUGGGGUAUACUGUGCUCUCUAACUAGAUGUUGAAAGGGGAUAAAUGCACAGUCAUGGAAAAGGUCUGUUACACUCUUCAAUCCUUUCUGAAACCAUAGCUGGAAGGCUGUGUCUAUGAAGUAGGUUGUGAAGAGUGGGUUGGAAAUUAAAGGCAUGGUUGAGAUGGCUUGUCUACAUCAAAAGUGGAUCAUAAACUGAGACCAUAUACUUAGAAAAAAGGGUUCCAAAAUGGUUCUUUGGCUGUCCCCAUAGGAUAACCCUUUUUGGUUCCAGGUAGAACCAUUUUUGGUUCCAUGUAGAACUAUUUUGGGUUCCAUGUAGAACCCUCUGUGUAAAGGGUUAACUGAAGAACCCUUUUAGGUUCUAGAUAAACUCUUAGAAAAAAAGGUGCUAUCCAGAUGUAACUUUUCAUAUUAGUGUUGUUUGAGUGGUAUUAUUUGCUCAAUGGUAGGAUGGCACAGACUAAGGAGACCGGGGAUGAUGUUUGACAUGAGUGCUUUUCCAUAAAGGACCACACCAUUCCUUCCCCAUCUAAAAAUGCAGAGACCCAAAAGGUUAUCUUGUGACUAUUGGGAGCCCAGUAGUAAUGGAAGAAAUUGGGUAGGGCAAGACCCCCCUCUCCUUUCUGUCUUUACAAAAAUUAAAGUAGAUAUGUCUAUCCAGUUCUUUAAAAAACGAUUUUGCUAUAAAGAUAGGAAUAGUUUGAAAAAGAUGCAGGAAUCGUGGCAUGAUGACCGAGUUGACUGACAGCGAGUGAUAUGGGGAGUGUCGACCAGCGAUAGAGGUCUGCUUAGCCUUCUCCAAGGCUGGCUUGAAAUUUAAAUUAAUAUAGAAAUGUUUCCUAAUAAAACAUAAACACCUGAGUUAAUACUUGGUGGAAGCUCCACAGGCAGCUAUAACAGCUGAAUGAUUUUCAAAACAAUUUUACCAACUUUGCACAACUCUUAGGGCAACAUAUGUCCAUUGUUUAUCAGAAUUGCUCAAGCUCAGUAAAUUUGGUUAGGAAUCAUUGAUGGACAGAAACAUUCAAACGUCUCUGAUUGUCAAGAAAAUGUAUGUCAGGACUGAGACUAGACCCCUCAGGAAAAGUUUCUUGGAACACCAUUCUGGUGUGUCUUUGCCAUAAACAUUUGUGAAAUUGUGGUAUUAUGGUGGAAGCAUUAUGUUAUGGGUAUGCUCGUCACCGGCAGGGACUGGAGUUUGUCAGGAUCAAAAGAAAUAUGAAAGGAGCAAAGCCCAGGUAAAAAGUUAGAGGAAAACCUGCCUCAGUCUUCUGAAAACCUAACUCUUAACUAGAGUUGUAUUUUUCCAUGGGACAAUUACACACAUUUUAACAACAAAGACACACAAGAAUGGCUUUCCAAGAGGUGUUGAGUGUCAUGAAUAGUCCAAUCUCCAUCCUGACUUAAAUCGGAUUAAAUAUUCAGAGACAAUAUUGCUGUCCAUCAAUGAUUCCCAAACAAAUUUACUGAGCUUGAGCAAUUUUUACAAAAACAAUGGAUAUGUUGCCCUAAGAGUUGUGCAUAGUUUGUCAAUUCUUGUAACAAAAGAAAAUCGAGCUGUAAUUGCUGCCAAAGUUGCUUACACAAAGUACAUCCUCAUUCUGUACUUCUUAGUAAUUUAGAAACGUUUCUGUCAUUUUUCAUUCACUUGGAAAAUGUGGAAUACGUUGUGUAGAUAGGAAAACAAUCACAUUUAAUCCCUUUUAGAUUACAUUUUAAGGCAGCAAAAUGUGAUGACUGUGCAAGGGCUGUGUAGACUUUCACUAGCGACUGUAGGACCUCUGGCACAUACUGUAGUGUAAAGGAGACAGAGGGUGUGUGCCAUCGAGGUAGCACACACACACACGAGUGGAUUCCAUAGUGCACAGACAUUUUGGAUUGAUUUGUCGGUCAUUGAAUACUUUUGUAUGUAUGUACUGUGUGUGUGUGUGUGUGUGUGUGUGUGUGUGAUUAGUGUUUUUUAUAUUAUGUUUAGAGACAAAUGCAUGUAUGUGUCUCUGGUCAUUUGAUGUGUCAUAAAACAGAAUGUAUAGUCACUGAAUCUUUUUGUGGCUACUUGGUCACUGUAUGAGAUGGAAUCAGUCACCAGGAGAGUAGCAGGGUGAAAUACUCUGUAAUGAAAGAUUUUGGUUUGUAGGGAGAUCUUUGAGCUGGCAAAUACAAUUUGUACUGACAAUUUAACAGGACACAGAAUAUUUAAAAUAAUUGUCCAGUCAGGUUAGUAUAUCUCCUCAAAUGUGGUAUUUAUUUAUGAGAGAAUAGCAAUUGUAGGACUUAAUAAAAAAUGCUGAUUAUUAUUAAUCUACUGGCAAUGGAACUAAAAGAGUCAAAGUAUGAGUAAGUUGCUCUAAAUUUCACUCUUUACGUUUGCUUAUAAAGCCUUAAACCAUAAAAACAAAACAUUAGGUCUGGUACUACAGUAAUAUCAGUACUCUGACAAAUCAUGAGCAAUUCUAUGUGGCCAUAACGAUUACUAAUGUCAUUGACUAUGGGCCCUAUGCACUAUGUUUAGAGUUAGUGCAACAACUGCUCUAGUAUCAUGAAAUGGCAACAACAAAACACUGACAUGUAAGAAUGAGUUUUGCCUCUUUUGGUUCACUGAUCACCAUGUUAUAGAUCAUUACCAGAAUUAUUAUUACAUGGGAUUAGUUACUAUUCAAAUAAAUAAAUUGCUCUAAGGCCAGAAAUCGGGACAAUCGACUUUUCAAACUCGUUAUGAAUUAUCUGGCAUUCAAUUGUUUUGUAAAUGUUUGUAUUACUCAUGUCUUAUGGCAUCGCCAUACAUGUUUGUAUUUUCAGGUUUAGCACACACAACAUACUUUGACGUGUAUAGCUAUUGUAUAACAAAAGAUAGCCAGUGGCGAGGGCUAUAUAGGUGGCCCUUAGAGUCUAAAAACACCGUGCAAUACUCUGCUUUCACUGAGCAAUUGUCAACUCAUGGUUCUUACUUAAAACUCUACUUUUCUCAAUGUAGCCACAAUUGUUGACCUGUCUUUUCCCAGCCAAUGUUCCUGUUGCCUAUUUCUGUGAGGGCAUAGCAAUUCCUAUAGGCAGGUUCCUAACCUUCUGUAAAUUACAUGAAUAUUGGUGAAGUGUUUUUGCCAAAGGUAGUGAGUGACAUACCGUCUAUGUCUAAAAUGAAUGUUUUUGCACUGUAGGUAUGUGAAUUAACUUGGCUAUUACAUAAUGCUUCACUAAAUAUUAUGCUUGGUGUUUGGGCAGCAUACAUUUUUGUUCACUGUUUUCAAUACAGUAGCUUCAAUUAGAAAUGGAAGCUUCUCCUCAGGUAUGUGUUCAGUUUACACAUCAAAUUCAAACACUUUCUGGUAGAAACAUUUUGGUAUAAACUUGUUUGCACAUGGAAUAUCAGUAAGAGGUUCCCUCUAAUUGGGACAUUCUUUUUUAGGAUAAAGGUUAUUUAUGGACAGAGAUUUGACCUGUGGUAGAAUUUUAAAUCCUUGUUGCGACGUUCGUGUAGUUUCAGUUGGAAUGUGAUCUCCUUUUCAAAUACUAACAUAAAAAUAAAAUAAGAAGUGAAUCAUUGCAGCUGGUAAAGGAAAGUCAUCUUUGCAUGAUGUUUGUUAUUUAGUAAAUAUGAGAAUGAUUUACUACUGAGCAUUGUUUGGAUUAGUGUGUAGUUAUUUGCUUCAUCGAAUGCCUUGCUGAUAGGUGUCUGAAUGUUCUUUUUCUUAUUAUUUUGAAACGCUUUGUGGCAAGGUCAGGAAAGUUCUUCUCGUGGAGAAAUACACGUUUCUACAACUUGGAGUCAAAUUGUUUGAGGAACAUGUCUCAUCUCUAUGGAUUAAAAAGACCACAUUCCUCUCUGAUGGCCUUGGGGUAAAAAGUAACUUCUGGCAGGCCAUAAUCACUCACAAUGCUCAAACCUUAUUGUGAAUAUCAGAAAAGAAAGAUGUAAAAGACAGGAAUGAUGGUCUAAAAUGACUGUAUAUGAAAAUUGCUUUCUUUGUAUCACAGUAGGUUGGUGGCACCUUAAUUGGGGAGGACAGGCACGUGGUAAUGGCUGGAGCGGAAUAGGUGGAAUGUGUCAAAUACAUGGUUUGAUGCCAUUCCAUUCCAUCUGUUCCAGCCAUUAUUAUGAGCCGUCGUCCCCUCAGCAGCUUCCACUGCUCUGUAUCAUCAGUAUUUCUGUUGGUGAACUGAUAACAGCCAAUAAAUUAGACAAUGUGCUGCUGUGGCUUAUGUCUUUUUUUGUAUUAUAUUUUAAUAGGUAAUACAUUUUAAGAAGCAUUUUAUUUAGACAAUUGAUUCAACGACAAGACAAUAUUUCCUGCUAUACCAUCACAACCUAAAUCCAUCUAUGUGGGUGUGGUGGAGGGGAGGCUGUGUGAUGUAAUGAUUCUGGAGACAGAAGGCCGUGUGGUGUUAUGAUUCUGGAGACAGAAGGCCGUGUGGUGUUAUGAUUCUGGAGACAGAAGGCCAUGUGGUGUUAUGAUUCUGGAGACAGAAGGCCGUGUGGUGCUAUGAUUCUGGAGACAGAAGGCCGUGUGGUGCUAUGAUUCUGGAGACAGAAGGCCAUGUGGUGUUAUGAUUCUGGAGACAGAAGGCCGUGUGGUGUUAUGAUUCUGGAGACAGAAGGCCGUGUGGUGUUAUGAUUCUGGAGACAGAAGGCCAUCUGGUGUUAUGAUUCUGGAGACAGAAGGCCGUGUGGUGCUAUGAUUCUGGAGACAGAAGGCCAUGUGGUGUUAUGAUUCUGGAGACAGAAGGCCGUGUGGUGUUAUGAUUCUGGAGACAGAAGGCCAUGUGGUGUUAUGAUUCUGGAGACAGAAGGCCAUGUGGUGUUAUGAUUCUGGAGACAGAAGGCCAUGUGGUGUUAUGAUUCUGGAGACCGAAGGCCAUGUGGUGUUAUGAUUCUGGAGACAGAAGGCCAUGUGGUGUUAUGAUUCUGGAGACAGAAGGCCAUGUGGUGUUAUGAUUCUGGAGACAGAAGGCCAUGUGGUGUUAUGAUUCUGGAGACAGAAGGCCAUGUGGUGUUAUGAUUCUGGAGACAGAAGGCCGUGUGGUGUUAUGAUUCUGGAGACAGAAGGCCGUGUGGUGCUAUGAUUCUGGACAGUCAGAGCUAGCAACAAUGACAAGAAGCUGCCAUGUGAAGAAUAAUAGGUGGCUAGUUUCAGAUUGUUGUAUCAUGUAAUUGAUAAAGUGUAUUUUUUAGGUGUUUUGACUCAUGCCACGUCUAUGGCUAAAAUUCGCUAGCUAACCAACAACUGUACAGUGCCUUACAAAAGUAUUCAUCCCCCUUGGCAUUUGUCCUAUUUUGUUGCAUUACAACCUGUAAUUUAACUGGAUUUCAUGAAAUGGACAUGAAGUCGUGGCCAAAAGUUGAGUGACACAAAUAUUAAUUUUCACAAAGCCUGCUGCCUCAGUUUGUAUGAUGGCAAUUUGCAUAUACUCCAAAAUGUUAUGAAGAGUGAUCAGAUGAAUUGAAAUUAAUUGCAAAGUCCCUCUUUGCUAUGCAAAUGAACUGAAUCUCCCAAAAAUAUUUCCACUGCAUUUCAGCCCUGCCACAAAAGGACCAGCUGACAUGUCAGUGAUUCUCUUGUUAACACAGGUGUGAGUGCUGACAAAGACAAGGCUGGAGAUCACUCUGUCAUGCUGAUUGAGUUCGAAUAACAGACUGGAAGCUUCAAAAGAAGGGUGGUGCUUGGAAUCAUUGUUCUUCCUCUGUCAACCAUGGUUACCUGCAAGGAAACACGUGUCGUCAUCAUUGCUUUGCACAAAAAGGGCUUCACAGAUAAGGAUAUUGCUGCCAGUAAGAUUGCACCUAAAUCAACCAUUUAUUGGAUCAUCAAGAACUUCAAGGAGAGCGGUUCAAUUGUUGUGAAGAAGGCUUCAGGGCGCCCAAGAAAGUCCAGCAAGCUCCAGGACCAUCUCCUAAAUUUGAUUCAGCUGUGGGAUUGGGGUACCACCAGUACAGAGCUUGCUCAGGAUUGGCAGCAGGCAGGUGUGAGUGCAUCUGUACUCACAGUGAGGCGAAGACUUUUGGAGGAUGGCCUGGUGUCAAGAAGGGCAGCAAAGAAGCCACUUCUCUCCAGGAAACAUCAGGGACAUUCUGAUAUUCUGCAAAAGGUACAGGGAUUGGACUGCUGAGGACUGGGGUAAAGUCAUUUUCUCUGAUGAAUCCCCUUUCCGAUUGUUUGGGGCAUCUGGAGAAAAGCUUGUCCGGAGAAGACAAGGCGAGCGCUACCAUCAGUCCUGUGUCAUGCCAAUAGUAAAGCAUCCUGAGACCAUUCAUGUGCGGGGUUGCUUCUCAGCCAAGUGAGUGUGCUCACUCACAAUUUUGCCUAAGAACACAGCCAUGAAUAAAGAAUGGUACCAACACAUCCUCCGAGAGCAACUUCUCCCAACCAUCCAGAAACAGUUUGGUGACGAACAAUGCCUUUUCCAGCAUGAUGGAGCACCUUGGCAAAAGUGAUAACUAAGUGGCUCGGGGAACAAAACAUCGAUAUUUUGGGUCCAUGGCCAGGAAACUCCCCAGACCUUAAUGCCAUUGCGAACUUGUGGUCAAUCCUCAAGAGGCGGGUGGACAAACAAAAACCCACAAAUUCUGAAAAACUCCAAGCAUUGAUUAUGCAAGAAUGGGCUGCCAUCAGUCAGGAUGUGGCCCAUAAGUUAAUUGACAGCAUGCCAGGGCGGAUUGCAGAGGUCUUGAAAAAGAAGGGUCAACACUGCAAAUAUUGACUCUUUGCAUCAACUUCAUGUAACUGUCAAUAAAAACCUUUGACACUUAUGAAAUGCUUGUAAUUAUACUUCAGUAUUCCAUAGUAACAUCUGACAAAUAUCUAAAGACACUGAGGCAGCAGACUUUGUGAAAAUUAAUGUGUGUCAUUCUCAAAACUUUUGGCCACGACUGUAUACAAAAUAGUCCAAAUAUGUUUAGUGAAAUAAAUAAUUACUUGUUUCCAAAAAUUAUACAAACCCCCCCCCGGAAAAGUGCUGCGUGCAUAUGUAUUCACCCCCUUUGCUAUGAAGCCCCUAAAUAAGAUCUGGUGCAACCAAUUACCUUCAGAAGUCAUAUAAUUAGUUUUUUUUUAAAGUCCACCUGUGUUCAAUCUAAGUGUCACAUGAUCUGUCCCAUGACCUCAGUAUACAUACUAGGAGAGCAUAUAUAUAUACAUAUAUAUAUAUAUAUAUGCAUAUAUAUAUUGUCACGCCCUGGCCUUAGUAUUCUUUGUUUUCUUUAUUAUUUUAGUUAGGUCAGGGUGUGACAUGGGAAGUUUGUGUGUUUUGUCUAGUUUAGGGUGUGUGUAUUGUUUAGGGGGUGUUGUAUAGUGUAUGGGGUUGUGUUCAGGAGAGAGUUCUAGGAAAGUCUAUGGUUGCCUGGUUUGGUUCUCAAUCAGAGACAGAUGUCAUUAAUUGUCUCUGAUUGGGAGCCAUAUUUAAGGCAGCCAUAGGCUUUAGGUGAUUGUGGGAGAUUGUCUAUGUUGAACGUAAGUAGCUUGUGUGUGCACUUUCGUUUGUAGCUUCACGGUUGUUUGUUGUUUUGUAUAGUUUGUAUAAGUGUUUCAUUUCGUGUUCAUCUUCGUCGUAAAAUAAAAGAAGAUGUAUUCAUAUCA